AUGUAACAAUUUAAAUCUGGAAAUAAUUACACCAUAGCAAUCUACUAUAUAGAUAAUUUUAAUGAAGAAAACUAGAAUUAACCCCUUUUAAUGUAAAGUUCAUUUAAUGUAUCAUCAUCAAAAUGUGAAAUAAUUUUUAAUUAAACAUACAUUAAUGGCAUUUGCUUAUCAUCAUUUUGGAACAACACAAAAUAAAAUUUUACAUAAACAAUAGGUACUUAAAAUGUAACGUGUCAUAUUAAUAGACAUACAAAAAAAAUAAUGCUUCCUAUAGGUUGCUCUAAUUUAUUUUCAAAUGGUACUUAUGAAAUUACUUUUAAACUUCCUUAAUUAGAUUAUUCUAGUCGAGGAUGGAUAUAUGCUCUGCUUUCAAUAAUUGCUCUUUUAUUAUUAUACUUUUUCAUAAAAGUUAAAUAUAAGACAAAGAAUUUGGAUUAUAUCAAAUCAGAAAUUGAAUUAUGA